AUGAGCAAACAGGGUUCUAAAGUUAAAGCCAAUCUUCCAGCUGGUGGAUUCGUCGCAUUGGGACGUGAUGGUCCAUCCAGCUCUUUGGAUAGCUCUUCUCGUCUUAGGGCUCACGUAUCCGGCAAAAGAGACCUUCCACAGAGUGGCGGAGGUGUUCUAAAGAAGCCGCGUCUUGAUAUACUUUCGAAGGGUUCGUCCACUGCUUCGUCAACCAUCCAGCUGAAGCGAUUCGAACAUGACGAAACAAAAUGGCGUCAGUUUUGUUCUGAGGUCACGCUGGAACCGAAGCAGUUAUUAUUGUCGUUGAUGAAUAGUUUUGAGAAGCAAAAAGCGCAAAAAGGAGCCAGAUUGAUUUGCGCAGCUGUUCGUGACCUUAUUUCGUAUCGUCGCGGCAACAACGUUUGGUCUGCCGAACCGCUCAUUAUCACAUCAGUUCUCUCAUUCUGCAAACAAUAUCCCACUUUUAUCACCCAUGAUGAGGUGGUGGAGGCGUUAUGUUCAUUGAUGCCCGCAGCCUUACCCAAUUCUUCACCUGCACUUUCUGUUGCACCCAUUCUGUUGUAUACAAUGCUGAAAGAAAGCAGUGAAUGGCCGUGGUGUUUGGUGGAAUGUCUCAUUGAUGACAGUUUGCAUGAACGGUAUUGGGUUGAUAGGACGUGUGCGGGUACACUGAUUGAUAAUAUUAUUACGGUUUUCGAUACGAAUUUACCACAUGAGGAUCUGUAUAGCUCUUGCGAAUUGCCCAUCCCUGAACGAUUGCAUCAUAAGCAGGUGCGAAAAAAUCGUUUCGAAGAUCUUGCAAAUAAGUCAUCCAAAAUCGAUACAAUUGUGGCGUAUAUUAGUGAAAUGUGCGAACGGAAAAGUGAUGCUGCACCAAGAAAUUUACUCAAAACAAUGACUUUGUGCACUGGCUGUGCGCAGAUUCGCCUUUUGGCCACUCAACGAAUGGAUAUUUGGUUGCUUAAUACGAAGUUGCAACGAAGUGCAAUGGAAUUGCUUCUGUCGAUUGCAUGUAAUAUUCGUAGUGUUUCCUCGAAUGAAGACACCGAAACACUGAGCGUUCUCCUUAAAUUGAAGGCGUUAAAGAGCAAACAAAUCAUCAACCUGCUUUCUGUGGCACUCAAGGAGAUUCUGAGCCAUGAUAGCGACUUUAUGAGUUCUAUUAUGAGAUUAUUACUCACGAAUGAGUUUUCAUCAGCUCGAUUCCCGUACAAUAUGACUAUGAUACAUUCAUUGUUCUCAUUUGACAAUGCAUUUGCAACCCAGGUAUUGGCUAGUGAAAUAUGUGAAAUGUUGGCCGUCAAAGAAGAAUAUUUGAAAGUCUCGCGUCCAUUUCUCCGAGAAUUCGUUCGUUCUCUGUUACGUGUCGACUUCGAUUUUGUUCUUUUCACUCGUUAUCUCUUCAAAACACUCAUCAAUAAAUUUCUCCCAACUUCUGCACCGGCACAUCUGUUCAAAUCGUUAAUGGACCUAUGUGGAAUGUUGCCAUUUCUGGCUGUUACACCAUCGGUACGUGAAGGUACUCAGUUAAGAAGAAAUGUCAAUGUCACUCCUUCACAAACUAAUCUCGACGCCCUCCAAAAGUUCUACACCGAAAUACUCAAAUUUUUCGAGGAGUGUGUCGAUUUUCUGAUAUCGCAUCACGCGUAUUGCAGUGAUAGUCGUUUAUAUGUUUACUCGUUUUAUCGCCUUCUCUAUUUAGCAUCGGCAGAUUACUAUUCGAGUGUUGACAAUUGGCCAUUAGAAGCGGACGUGACGCAGUUUAUGCGUGCCAUCUCAGAUGCACCCUUAAGUGAAGGGUUACUGCUGAAGAUUCUGAAGGCCGGUGCUGAGCAGACGAUACCAAUUGAUGCAGCGGAUACGAUCGAUCUGGUGGAGAACCUCAGCAAACGUGCUUCGAUCUCAUCUCCACUCAACGAGAGUGUGCGAAGUAUGAUAGAGAUCGAUAAUUGCGACGCAAUUUAUAGCUUAUUCGCAACAACUCUUUAUAAACCACCAAUAACAUUCCACUUACAAGAGAAAGAAUUACCGGCGUUGUCCGUUCGAACACUUUAUUGGAAAGCAUGGAUCAUAACGAUUAUGUGGGCAUCACUCAAUAAACAUUCCCUUAUCAAAGAGGCUUACUUGAAAUUCCCAACUCUCAAAGUUGCCUUCAAAAUGCUGCUCUCAUGGGACUAUCAUUUCCCUCCAAUGGCAAAUGCUGGCAAUCCAGAGGGUGUGGAACGAAUGUUAGCUGAAGAUGGCAGGGAAUUAGAGACGGAGAAGCAGAAGAUCCGAAAAUUAGAGACAAGGCUUGCUGGAGUGGAUGUGGAUGACGCAGACUCGAAGCUUAUCGGAAAGCUUUGCACUCUCGAUCCAGCAGGUGUGUGCCGUCGUCCACCAGAUAGUUUCUUCAUUGAUCUCAAGAAGUUGAAUGAGGAUUUAGAUUUGUCUCGAUCGUUGUGCGAAUGUCGUGAUCCGGAUAUAUUAGCGGAUAUUGCGCGUUCUGAGGGAAGUGCGUGCGCAUUGCCAGCAAUUAUGAAUUUGGUGGAAUCGAAUGCGAGUGCCAUUCUUUAUUUACCGCUGGAAUGUAUCUGUGAAUUGUUCCUUCACUAUCUUCUGGUGUCCUCAUCGUCGAUGUCGAAUAUCAAAAAACCAUCCAACGAAAAACUGAAUGCAUUACGGCAACGUUUACGUGACUCAUUGAGAGGCGCAUCAGCGAAUGAUGAGAGUGUUAUGGAAACAAUGCAAUUCAUCGCAACGAGACUAAGUGCGCAUUCAUCGUUGGAACGAUCAAUAGCUGCCUAUGCCUUGUCGCUUUUCCUACAGCCGGACGCAAAUGCAACGAUACUUCCAGUCAAUGUUGACGCCUCACCAACUGCGUUUCUUCACAUGAUCAAUUCAUUCGAUUCGUUGAAGAAUCGCAUUUGCAUCCUGCUAGCAAAGUUGUGUCCCGUAGAAACGAAAUCGUCUCGUUUGACCGAAUACAUCGAUUUUCUUAUUGCGUACUCGGAUGAUUCAAUCAGUCAUUUGAUAGCACAUCAACUCUCGAACGUUGUUGAUGACUGUUUACACGACGCGUGUGAGGAUGUACAGCUGCAUGCAUCUGCGAUUCGUUUCUUUGAUCAGUACGUUAAAACUGCAUCAGCGCAAUCGACGUGUUCUUCCGAAUUAAUGCAACAAAAUUUACCCGCUGAUGCGAAAAAGAUUAUCGUCGAAUUCAAUAUUUCUUCGAAGGAGAACCGAUCAGCCGAAAUGAUUUUGUCGUCAUUCGGUGCCAUCAUUCAACUGCUGUGUAGUAGGCAUGUUGAUAAAAGUAGCAGUGCUCGAAACGCUUUGAUGGAUUUAUUCUUUCCAUCUCAUGGACAUAGGCCAAAGGUGGUCAACGCAGACGGUAUUGAAUUGUUAACGCCUUCGCUCAGAUUAAAAAUGUUGUGCGCCGAAGAUGAGCGUAUUGUGAACGUUGCAUUGAGCGAAAUGAACGAGGACGAUGCGCUGAAAAUGGUGCAGUCAUUCGGCUUAACCUUAUACAGUUGUACGAAAUUGUUUGAGAUACUCGAUAAGGCGAAUUUUUCACUUGAGGAACCUUUGCUUUCGAAUGCUCGUAAAGCGGCACCGUUCAUCCGAGCUUAUAAACGGAAAGGUGCCCUCGGUGGCGAUAAGUUUAUCGGACGUCUUUCUGAACGUUUAUCACGAAAUGCAGCACUUAAGAUGGAAGUGGAUGAAGGAAACAACGUUGAAAUCGUUCACAAACCACCACCAAUGUUAUCAGAUAUGUAUCACUCUGAUGUUGGCACUCAACAAACACUCUCAAAUGAACAAGCCUUAACACGCAAUAGUUGUGAUGUUCCUCAGUGGUUUGUUGCGUUAGCUCAAUUGAUCAAUAACGUGGAUUGUGCUCGUUCAAUAAUUGCUUUAUUGAAGAAGAAAUUCACAUUGCUGAAUAAUACAAAUGUGGUCAUUCCUGUCAUCAAUACACUGUGCGCAAUGCAAGGGAAGAAUGAUCAAGUGAAAAGCGAUCUAGAUGGUUUAUGUCAGUUCAUUGCGAAGAAAGCAAAUAUCUCAGAAAUUGUGAAAUCACUCCUCAAGCGAAGUGAUGAACGACGUUCGUCAUGUCAUAUUCAACGCAAAUCCAUAAACAGUCUUUCGGCUGAAGAAAUCCUCAAAAUCCUUGGUGCUUCCUCGUCUGACGAAUACGACAUAUCAGCACUGAUAAGCCGUUUCUUGUGUCUUUGUCCAGAGCUGGUAUCGCCAUUCGACGGCGAUAACGGACAGGAAAUGGACGGCGGUGCUAAACGACACGAGAUACUGACACUGCUGUUCGGAGCACGAUCGCGCCAUCUCGAGUACCUUAUCUCACUGAUGCCGACGAGAUGCUCCUCCAAAACGAUCUCAUCAAUUAUCGGUUCCAUUCUCGAUUCACACAGUCCGAGCGUUUCGAGUGGAUCAGUGCUGGCGGCAGUGAUGAACAGCCUUUCGCUGGCUGAUCCAAAUCCACUCACUUACGCAAGACGAUUCGUUCUUGCGGACUACAUUAUUGAUGAGGUUGAUUAUGAUCCAUCCACUUUGUCUUCCAUCGUUAAAUUCAUCGAUCGAAUCACUUCUUCGAAAGACGAAUUGGUUUAUUGUUUGUUUUCUGCAUUUUCCGACGUUUUAUCGUCAUCAGCAACAUUCGCACGACGGAGACAAGUGGUUCUAUCAAUAAUUAAAGAAUUUUCGAUUCGAUAUCCAGAAGUGAGUGUUGAAGAUGGUCGUGUUAAAUUGGGCUGGAUGCGUGCACUGAAUGGCGAGGAUGCGAUAACACAUCAACUCAUCAUGGACCUGUUCGAGAGUGCGAAUGCUUCUCCGAACUGUGCACAGCAUUACAUUUCACUAUUGACCCAACUCUCGAAGGCACAACCGGUGAUGAUCAUCAGGCAUUUGUCGUUGAUCAGCUCAUUGCUGUUAUCCGUAUCACGCUUACCACUGCGUCAACUCAAAGCGAAGUACAAAGCAUUCUUGAUGUUCGUUAUGGAUCUUCUUCUCAAGAUGUCAUCUGAUAUUGAGGCAAUCACUGAGGCAUCGACUGCAAUCGAGAGCAUUCUCGGAUCUUUUUUUCGCAUUUUCGAUGGUAACAUCAAAAGUCGUUUCUGGUCACCGUUGAUUAUGAAACUGCAGAAAGUUUGUCUUCUUUUCAUAGAAUCAAAUGCCGAUCGCGGCCAUAAACUGUUAUCGUCUCACUUCGAUGUUAUCUCUCAGCUCGUCACCAAUUUCGAAUCGACGCCGGGCAGUGUUCUCUCGGAUGUUCUCAUUGUAGCACGUCGUUCAUCCGGUGACUGA